AGAAUUCUAAGUGAAAAUUAUUUGAGUUGUGUUUGAAGUGUAUAGCUCUGCCCCUUAAUAUAAUUCCUAUAUAAACAUUCCAUUAGGUAGCAAAUUAGAUUGCCAGAAAAACAAUAUGGGGAACGUUAAGUUUUUGUUGUUCGUGUUUUUUCUAAUACUAAUAAUGGCGAAUGGUUGUUGGGAGGAAGAGAGAAGUGCUCUCUUGGAUCUUCAAGCAAGUAUAAUAAGUUCAAAUAGUGAAUUGUUGGUCGAUUGGGCUGGAUAUAAUAAUUCUAAUGGUUUUACAGAUUGUUGUUUCUGGAAAAGGGUAAAAUGCAGCUUAGAAACAGGUCGAGUGAUCAAACUCAAUCUCAAAACAAAAUUUGGUAGAGGGGAUGGUUGGAGAUUUAAUGCCUCUCUCUUUCUUCCAUUCAAGUCACUGCAAGUUCUGGUAUUGUCUUCCCGAAAUAUUAUAGGGUGGACAAAAAAUGAAGGUUUCAGUAAACUAAGGCAGCUGCCUAACCUGAAAGAAGUGGAUUUGCAAUAUAAUUCCAUCCAUCCUCAAGUUUUACUAUCAUCUUUGUGUUCGAUUUCAUCUCUCGAGGUUCUAAAACUUGGUGUAGAUGUUGAUACCUCUUUCAGCAUACCAACGCCAUAUAAUAGCACUAUUGUUGUAAUUUUUGGAUGAAGGCAUGAAGAGUAAGAAAUGUGGAGGAGGACUAAGCAAUUUAAGAGAACUUUGGUUUGAAGGUUAAGGAAUUGAUGACAUAAAUAUCCUUUCUGCAUUGGGUAAGGUGUCCUUUCCACAAGAGAAAUUCAGAAAAAUCAAUUCACACUAAUUCCAAGUACAAUUUACUUUUCAUAAAUCAAAUGCAGGCAGACUGAGGAAUUUACAGAAACUCAAUUUGAAUUUUAAUAACUUCAAUUCCACCAUCUUUUCAUCGCUCAAGAUUUUUCCGUCUCUCAAGCAUCUCAAUCUCGCUGCCAAUGAAAUAAAUGGAAAUAUCGAAAUGAAUGGUUUGUUACACUCUCUUCCCAUAAAAGUCUUACCCGCUAACCAUAUUUUGCUCCACUAAGAUGCAUCUAAAUAAAUGGAAAUAUCAAAAUGAAUGGUUUGUGUCCUUACUAUUUGCAUGUGCAGAUAUAAUUGCUUUGAGCAACUUGAAACAUCUGGAUCUCAGGGCAAACAAUAUAGAGAGCUUUGUGACUACCAAAGGUAUCAAAAGAAUGAGUUAUUUGCGAAAUUUACAAUUCGAAAGUCUUAACUCCAACUCGAGCAGAGUCAUACAAUCCCUAAAAUCAUUCUCAUUUCUUAAAUCACUUUCUUAUGAAGAUAGUGAUCUCACUGCUCCCACCAUAAUUUAUGCAUUAAGAAAUCUGAGCACGGUGGAGUACCUAUACUUGAAGGGAUCUUCUGUAAAUGACAACUUUCUCCCAAACAUUGGACAAAUGACUUCUCUUAAAGUGUUGAGUAUGCCUUCUGGUGAAAAUAAUGGCACCCUCCCUAAUCAAGGUUGGUGUGAACUCAAACACAUUGAAGAAGUGGAUUUUUUAGACAAUAAUUUUGAGGGAACACUGCCUUCGUGUCUUGGAAACUUGACAUCACUUCGAUGGUUGUGUUUGGCCAUGAAUUACUUUAGAGGAAAUAUAGUGUCACAUUCUAUUUGGAGGAGACUUACAUCACUUGAGUACCUUGAUAUUUCACAUAACCAAUUUGAAGUUCCUCUGUCAUUCAGCCAAUUUUCCAACUAUACGAAAUUGAUCUACUUGGAUGUUGGUUAUAGUACAAUAAUUCCAGAUACCGAGUUCCAAAAUUGGAUCCCGAAUUUCCAGUUGGAGUUUUUUGGUAUAUAUGGAUAUAUAAAGCUUCAAAAGUUGCCUUCUUUCCUUCACUAUCAAUAUGACUUGAGGAUUCUUGUUAUAGAUGAAAAUCAAUUGCAAGGAAAGUUCCAGACAUGGUUAUUAGAAAAUAACACCAGACUUGCAGGGUUUUAUAGUAGAGAUAAUGCUUUCGACGGACCAUUCAAGUUGCCAUCGAUUGUUCACCUCUAUCUAGAGACGAUUGAUGUUUCUAAUAACAAACUAAACGGGCAUAUUCCAGCAAAUAUGAGUUUAGCCUUUCCGAAGCUUAGUUUUUUGAACAUGUCACAAAAUUAUCUUGAAGGUCCUAUACCUUCCAUGUUUUGUGGCACUCAUUUAGAAUUCCUAGACCUAUCUGUUAAUAAGUUGUCCGGAGAAGUUCCUGUUGAUCUGACAAUUGGUUCUCCCCAAUUGUUGUACCUUCGGUUGUCAAACAACAAGCUGAAAGGACAUAUGUUUUUGGAGGUCAAGUCACAUGUAUUGUCCUUUUUGUAUUUGAAUGGCAAUAACUUUGAAGGACCACUGCCUGAGAACAUUUUUCUCAGAUCCCUUAUUGUACUUGACGCUAGCAGGAAUAGUUUCACUGGGGAGAUUCCGAGAUGGAUUACAGAUAAUAAAAGAUUGUUACAGCUUGAUUUGUCCAAUAAUCAUCUCCAAGGUUUGAUUCCAGUUGAGAUUUGCAAUUUGAAGUUUCUUAAUGUCUUAGCUAUAUCCGAAAACAGGCUUUCAGGAUUUAUACCUUCUUGUGUGAGUUCUUUACCUCUCAAACACAUCCAUUUGGAGAAAAAUCAAUUGGGUGGUGAAUUGGGACAUGUACUUUUCAACUUCUCUUCACUGAUAACUUUGGACCUUCGCCGCAACAAUUUUGCAGGAAAUAUCUCACACGCCAUAGGCUCACUUACUAAUCUCAACUACCUUCUCCUUAGCCAUAACCAAUUGGAAGGGCAGAUUCCAACUCAGAUAUGUAUGCUGAACGACUUAUCUAUCAUAGAUUUAUCUUUCAAUAUGCUUUAUGGUCCUCUCCCUCCUUGUUUGGGUUACUUAACACGGACCAAAAAGGAUGCAGAGAUAAGUUGGACUUAUUAUCCUGCGACUUCCACGCGUUCAUGGUUAAGUUUUGAGAUCUGGAUGCGUUCGAAAAGGCAUUAUCACGAUAGUCAUGGACUUCCAAGUGACUUGUUUUUGAUGGAUGUGGAAACUCAGGUCCAGUUUUCAACAAAAAGAAACUCAUACACUUACAAGGGAAGCAUUCUUAAAUAUAUGUCGGGUAUUGAUCUCUCAAGUAAUAGAUUGACAGGUGAAAUUCCUGUUGAGUUAGGGAACAUGAGCAAUAUACAUGCAUUGAAUCUAUCGCACAACCAUCUCAACGGAAGAAUACCAAAUACCUUCUCCAACCUACAGGAAAUUGAGAGCUUAGACCUUUCCUGCAACAGAUUGAAUGGGAGCAUUCCUGUUGGUCUACUUGAGCUGAAUUCUUUGGCAGUAUUCAGUGUUGCAUACAACAACUUAUCUGGUGCAGUGCCUGAUUUUAAAGGUCAAUUUGGAACUUUUGACAAAAGCAGCUACGAGGGAAAUCCUUUUCUUUGCGGUUAUCCAUUAGAUAACAAGUGUGGGAUAUUGAGUCCUAAAUUGUCAAAGAUUAAUAGAGAUGAGGAGGAAUCAUCAGAAUUGGAGUGUUUUUACAUUGGGUUAGUUGUGUCAUAUGGAGCGAUCUUGUUGGGAUUAGCUGCAGCGCUCUGCUUGAAUAAUCAUUGGAGAAGAGCAUGGUUUAGGAUGAUAGAGGCAUUGAUGUUUUAUUGUUACUAUUUUGUGUUGGACAACAUUGUUACACCCAUCAAGAGUAGAAGGUUGAUUAAUUAGGUAGUUCUUUUAAAAAUAUUGUUGCAUGUCUAUCACUAUAUAUUAUUAUGUUGUCAUUCUAUUUUAUAAAUAUUUUUUUGUAUGAAUUAAAAUGUUCCAUUUUCAUACAUGUGUGUUGGAGUUGUUACAGCUAAUUGGGCUUCAAAAAAGAACUUUUCUUGAUCAGGAGAAAUUUAAAGAUUAUUAUGCAGAAGAAAUGACCUCGAUUAAACUGGUGCUCUAUCCUGCAAUAUUUGGAUGAUAAGUGCAUAAUUAAACACUCAUGAAGAGGAAGAGAAGAUGUAAAAAAAAAAAAUCUAUAUAUCCAUACAAUUUGUUCUGGUAAAAUUUGCAUCUCAUUAAAUCAUUAUUAAAAUCAAUGACAAUUGUUUUCUUUCUU